AUGGCCCAGACAAUGCAGAAGGAGCUCAACUGGCACUAGAUACACGCAUUAAGCAUGCGUCAAACACGAACCCAUCCUGGUCUUGGUGGGCUACAACUGGUGCUCGGAUUCUUGAUUCUAUUUGGAAUUCGGCAGCAAGUUCGAGCCUUCAGAGCACAUAACACGUGCAGAGGAAAUAAUAUAAUUAAAUCAAACUGCACGCUUGGCUUCUAUCCAUUGGACGAUGGCAUGGGCUGUGUUUACAACAGUUGCUAUAAAGGCUUAGACGAAAUGUGCGACCAGGAGAGACAUAAAUGUAUUGAGGAGUUAACUUGCAGCUGUGGUAAAUGCAUGAAUUGUCAAGAUGGCAAUUGCAACUCCACAUUAGGCAGCUGCUCCAUGGCUAAGCGAUUGAAUGUACGCCUGCCUCAUUGGUAUCAUCGGUACCGAUGGAAUAAGUUAGCGGAACAAUGAAUACAACCAAACGAAUGUCGCAGGACUAAGCAUACGCCAGACAUAUGAGAACUGCUCUUUAUACAUUUUAACCCAUAUGAAUAUUAUAUGAAACCUAUACAAGCAUUUGGCAUACUAAAG